AUGUCUGCAGGAAGGUUUACGGGCGAGCGAGUGAGCGAGCGAGUGGUCAAGGUGGUGGAGGCGGACUCGUGCGGACAGUAUCCGUUCUUGUACCUGGUGGAGGGGAGCGACAAGGUGGUGGUCAUCGACACGGGGACGGGCGGCGAGUCGUUCAAGGACUGGAUCGAUAGCCAUGGCAACGCGGAGAACAAGCCGUAUCUGGUCAUCAACACCCACGUCCACUUUGAUCACACCGGCGGGAACAGGCACUUUGUCGAGGCUGGCAAGCCGAGCGUCAUCGACAUCGCCAUGGGCGCCGCUGACAGGACCUUUACCGAGAACUCGGACAUCACCUCUCUGUGCAUGGCGCACUCGAUUGCUGCGCCUGUGCUAGGCGUCUCGCGCUGGCUCGACAACGGCGAGCUGGUCUACCUUGACGACGCCAACCCGUCGCCGGACAACGCGUUGGAGAUUCUGUUCACUCCGGGCCACACCAAGGACUCGAUCGCGCUGUAUCUGCGGCCCGAGGGCAGGCUGUUUGUCGGCGACAACCUCUACCCGUACACCCCAGUCCACCUGGACUGCAUUGGCUCGUCGAUGGCUGACUUUCGCGCCACGCUGCGGACCCUCAUCGAGUUUGUCGAUGCUCGCGAGGCCGAGCGCCGCGCUGCCGGCACGCUGCCGCCGAUUCCGACCGGAGACGGCGGGGCAGAAGUCGCUCCGGCGGCGGAAGGGUCGACGACCUUGGUGGUUGAACCUGCUGGGAGCCCAGAAGACGCUGUAGCUGAGCCUACAGGUAACGGCGGGAUGGCAGCGCAGCGAGCCGCGGUCAUCGAGGGCUUUCUGGGCGUGGUCGGCCUCGACCGUGCCACAGCUGACGCACUGUUCUCGGUCGAGACGCUGAUGGCGCUCGCCGACUGGCUCCCGGCCAACGCCAUCAACAUGUACCUCUCGGACCCCGAGGGAGUGAUGGCGAUGGCGCCGCCGUCAGUGGACGCACCGGCGGUGGCGGCUGCCGCGGGUAGUGGUAGCGGCGGCGGGAGUGGCAUUGCUGCCGGCUCGCCGGGCUCGGCUAUGUUUCCGGGUGGAGCCGAGGCAGAUCCGCUGGCGGUCACGCUCUCGUGCGGGCACGUGGAGGCGAAUCUGCCGUCGUCGGCGCUGGCGGAUGUGGAGGCGUUUAUGGCGGCUGUGGCGUCCGGGGCGGUCGCGCCCUCGUACCGCGACGGCGCCUACGCCGAGUACUCGUCAGGCACGUUUACGUUUAUGAUUCCGGACUCGUUUCUCGAGCGGUGA